ACGAUAGGAGUUAAAAGCAUGUCAGAUUAGAAGUUAUUAGCUUUUUUAUUUACCAUGUUCUCUCUUGGAAAGCUAUUAUCCAUGUUUUCCAUAAAGCAAUGGAGAACUGUUCUUUGUUUUAAAUUCUGGAAUUAGUUUUGCAACCAAAGAAAAAGAAAAAGAAAAAAAAAAGAAAGGAAAAAAAAAAAAAAAAAAGAAGAAAGAAAGAAAGAAAGAGAAACAGAAAACAUGGCUAAACAGGCCAUCUUUUUUGAAGAUGCUACCUUGUGUAGUUGUAUGCUUUUUUGUUUCCUACCUAAAACAUGCCGCUUAAGCUGUUUGUUUCUGUCUCUUUUGUGUGUCUGACAUGAAAAUGAAAACAUCCAAAGUCUAUCUUUUCUUCUUCUUUUGUUUCCUUGGCUCGUUAUAUGCCUUAGACACUCUUAUACAUGGAAAGACUCUACAUAGCAAUGAAACAUUGGUUUCUGCCGGUGGGGUGUUCGAGCUUGGCUUCUUUACUCCAAGUAAAUCAAGGUUUGGGUACCUGGGAAUAUGGUUCAAGAAUGACAGAAACAGAAAACCAGUUUGGGUUUCAAACCGAGAAAUUCGCCAGGCGGUUUCCACCGGAGUUCUCUACAUAAGGUAUGAUGGAAACUUGGUCUUGAGUGAUAGAAUGUCAAUUCCAAAUAUUGUCAACAAUGGAGCAGGACCAACCAGUAAUAAAACAAGCGCAAAACUUCUUGAUUCGGGAAAUCUGAUUCUAAUGGAAGCAGGGAAGACCAUAUGGCAGAGUUUUGAUUAUCCAACUGAUACACUUCUACCAGGAAUGAGCUUGGGAUGGUUUAACAAAGGUAAUGCAGAUAGAGAAAGAAAGCAGUAUCUUUCAUCAUGGUUAAGCCCCUCCGAUCCAAACAUAGGUCUCUAUUUUCUAGGCCUUGAUACGGUAGACCUAACAAAAUCCAAUGUCUGGCGCCAAGAUCAUGCUUACCAGCAGAUUGGAUUUUGGGAUGGAAGUUAUUUCAGAUUCUUUUUCCAAAGCUUAUUGGAUAAUCAAUACAAUUUUAGCUAUAUAUCAAACAGCAGCCAAAAUUCUCUUACUUUCCACAACAAAGAAAGUAACAUACUUAGAUGGUUUGUUUUAGCUUCAGAUGGGACAAUUAUGGAGUUCAUGAUGGAGGGUCUAAAGGUUUCUAGUGUGAGCUACUCUAUAUGUGAUUCCACAUUGCCACACAGUUCUACAGGAUGCUUGGUAUCAACGCCAAUGAUGUGCAAAGAUGGAAAUAAUUUCUCAGACAUUAUCAAAGGAUCAAUCCCAAGAUCAAUGCUUGUUAGUUGGCCAGCCAGUACAGGUACCAGCGACUGUGAGCAAACAUGCAGGAGUAACUGUUCAUGUGUUGCAUAUAUUUCUUCGAUGGAUAAUGGGACUCGGUGUGAACUUUUCUAUGGAGAUAAAGAUGAUCUUCUGAACAACAUACGAAAAGGAAACAAUAGCAUCUAUGUGCGUGAAAAUGAUUCUAAAUCUGAUCAUGAGAAAAAGAGGAAGAUACUAUUGAUUGUCAUAGCUCUACUGAUUCCCUUGAUCUUGAUGAUUUGUAUCAAGCUUUUGUUUUACUUAUGGAGAAAGUCCAAUUGUUCAGGAAUACAUGGGAAUCAAGUAGGCACAGGAGAAGUGCACACAUCCCAAUUAAGUCCAAAUAAUGAUCCUAGCACAGAAGAUGUUAUUGAGCUUGGGAGGAAGAAUGAUCAUGAGCUUCCCCUGCUUAGUUUUAUUAGUGUAGUAGCAGCCACUGAUAAUUUCUCAGCUUGUAAUAAGAUUGGAGAGGGUGGUUUUGGACCUGUUUAUAAGGGGAAGCUAAAACGUAAUGACAUUGCAGUGAAAAGGCUUUCAAAAUAUUCUGGACAAGGAUUAGCAGAGUUCAAGAAUGAGGUACAGUUAAUUUGCAAGGUACAGCACAGAAAUCUUGUCAAGCUUUUGGGUUGUUGCAUUGAGCAAGAGGAAAAGAUCUUAAUCUAUGAGUACAUGCCAAACAGAAGCUUGGAUUCUUUCAUUUUUGAUCCAGUAAAGCAGCUGCUGCUGGACUGGACGAAACGCAAAUACAUCAUUGAAGGCAUUGCUCAAGGACUUCUAUAUCUUCACAAGUACUCUAGAUUAAGAAUUAUUCACCGUGAUCUCAAAACCAGCAAUAUCCUAUUGGAUGACUACAUGAACCCCAAAAUAUCAGAUUUUGGCAUGGCAAGAAUUCUGUUCAAGGAUGAAAGCAAAAUCAAAACGAAGAGGGUGGCUGGAACAUAUGGCUACAUGUCUCCGGAGUAUGCAGCUCAUGGCAUUUUCUCAACAAAAUCUGAUGUAUUUAGCUUUGGAGUGAUUUUGUUGGAGAUUGUGAGUGGCAGGAAGAUUGCAACUUUUCAUGAACCAAACUGCUCAAUGAACUUACUAGGAUAUGCUUGGGAGUUAUGGAAAGAUGGGAGAUGCACCGAGUUAAUGGAUCCAACAUUAGGCGGUUCAUGUCCUGUGAAUGACGUACUGAUGUUCAUCCAGGUGGGUCUGUUGUGUGUUCAAGAAAAUGCAGAGGACAGGCCAAACAUGUGGGAUGUUUUAUUAAUGUUGAGCAGUGAAAGGGCUAGUUUACCUGAGCCUAAACAGCCUGCAUACUCUACUCUUCUAAAUGCAGCCGCAGAUGGUAGUUCAAUUUCAACAAGGCAAAACCCUUCUCCAAAUCUUGUAUCAAUUUCACUAGCCGAAGCAAGAUAACAUCUUUCGAGUUCGAACUUUUUUAACCGUUCUGGUAUUCACUUCCUGGAUUGCAAAAGUUCUUAGAUUCAGUUACUUUAGGCGAACAAUUACAAGUUUAGGACACAUAACAUUUAUUUAUUUUGCAGGACUCAAAUACUUUAAAAGUGAUAGACAGCAUUAAAUUGCUUAAGUGAUUUGUUGUUGAACUGAAAUCUUUUUUCCUUGAAGCAUGGCAUU